UUCAGUCACUUAGCUCUGCUAGCUAGCCUAGCCGAUAGCGUUAGCCCCGAGAUCCCAGGCGCAGUAAAAUGAAGCGUUAUUGCCCUUUGUUUUUAAAUCAGACUGGCAGACGUCGCAUAAAUGCUGAGUGCUGAUUGCCCGCGCCGGGGCGUGAUUUGGAUUAUGUAACGAUUUAUUUCACGGCUAUUUCUUAAAGUAUCAACCGUUUUCAAAACAUUCUCCGGCUAGUCCGUUAGCUAGCCAGCUAACUCUUGAUUCUCCCGCGAGCCAGAAAAGCGAAGACUCCAAAACUUCGCCAACACGGAGCCUGACGCACUGAACGGUCGGUUGGUCCUGCUAAUACAGACGUUAGCUAACGGAUAUCAAUAAGCUCUCCAUCGUCAUCCAAGCCCCUACUCUGAUGUGAACUGAGCAAAUAAAAUCUGUAGGAGUAAAACUGAGGAUCUGCCUCAUAGCGGAACAACAUUCAGGUGUUUGGACAAGUCAGGUUUUGCUGGCAGUCUGUGUGCUUCUAACCCACCAGCAUGUACUGUGGACAGUGGAUACCCUAGCCAAAACAGAUCCUGGCUUCCCAAAGAUGACAAGGUGCUGGCAGGCCGCAGCUACAAAAUGAUGGGAGGCAGCGAGACUGUCAGUGGGGACAAGGAUGGGGUCCAUACAGCUGCAAUACACGUCCCCAUCGGCUGGCAGAGGAGAGUGGAAGGAGGGCAGGUGAUCUAUGUCAGUCCCAGUGGCACUGCCCUGUCAACUCUGGAUGAGGUCAAGACCUAUCUGUUGACUGAUGGCACCUGCAAAUGUGGUUUGGAGUGCCCACUCAUCAUCCAUAAGGUUUUCAACUUCACUGUGGGCGUGAAGGUGGAACAGCACAGCCAGCCAUUAGGCAAAACAGAGCAGGACAUGACCAAACUGUGUAAUCACCGCAGGAAAGUGGUGGCGAUGGCUGCUCUGUGUCGGAGUAUGCAGGCCUCACAGCUUCCCUUUGCCAACUUUCAUCAUCCAGAGGUGAGCAGUCGAGUGGACAGCCGUGAUCCAAAGGGGGAACACGCAGAGCGUGAAGAAGAGGACCGUGGCAUCUACUAUCCAAAACUCCAUCCAGUCCCAGCUCGACCCCACAACAACCUCCACCCGAACCCCUGUGCCAGCCCCAAAUCCUCCCACCAUUUUAUUUACCCGUACAAUGGUUCCUCCCCUGUCCUUCACACAGGCACAAACUCUCACCAUCCCCUAGAUGCUUUACGAAGACUUCACCAUCCUCCUCUCACAGCAUCCUGCUCCUCCUCCAGCUCCUCAUUCCCAGCUUACAGUACUUCCCAGAGGUCCCCCCGCACCCCCACACCUCAGAACAUCAGUCAGGGUCAAAGAACAUCCAAAACCCCAGAGACUCCUGGCUCUCCUCGGCUAGGACCCCUUUCUUCACCUCCUCCCUCUUCCCCUAUGACCCUUGGUGGAGGAGGAAGAGGAGCACAGACUCAUCAUCCUCAUGUUGUCAUCAUGGGUGGCUCCCCCCUCUCCCCAUCUCCCUCCCUCUCACCCUCUGUCCAUAACAUGUGUUUGUCUCCUCACCAGCGAUCCCGCCACCCUUCAGCCUCUCCUUCUUCCCUGUCUGAGUCGGGAGGAGGCUCCACAGUAGCAGAAGGAGGAGGUCUGAUGGGAAGUAACUUGCCUCAGAGGAGGAAAUCCACCUCUUCCUCUCCACACUCCCCACUCCCCGGUGGAUCCCCAAACCCCAGCCCCCACUUCCCUAAGUACAAGCUAGAAGACAUCUUGGAGCAGUUUAAGAACUCAGGCAACAGCAGCACUAAUAAUCACCACCUCCUAAACCCUACUAACCCCUCCUUAAUGACCAACCAAAGCAGCAGUAACCCUCAUGCGCUCUCCUCGAAGGCCUCAAAGAGUAUGAUGACUCCGACCUCCAGUGCAGGAACACCAGGUUUUGGGUUGAACUCUGGAGGGCCCUCUAGUUUACCUCUGGGGCCAUUUCUGAACCACCAUCAUAGCCAUCAGGGCAAGCUGUCACACCCAGCUUCUUUCCCCGCAAGCAGCUUGCUCUCUGCAGCUGCCAAAGCUCAGCUGGCUAACCAGAUAACCCACGGCCAGAGCUCAAAUGUGGCCAGCAGUGCAGGGAGCUUGCCCUCUUCUCUGGAGGUCUUGAAAGAGGCACAGCAGCAACAGUCAUCAAAGGUAACAAACAGCACUUUACAUAACAGCCACUCUCCCUCCUCCAUUGCUUCUACUAGGCUUCCCCAUCCCUCCCUCGCAGCAGCUUCUGCCGCCCUCUUUCCUCCAUCCCACUCUCUGGUCCAGUCCCUGGCUUCCUCCUCGCCCCACCUGCCUCCCACAGCAGAGCGGAAUGCGUCGCACAGGAAGAGGCAACGGCGAUCUCCCACAGUCCUCAGUAUGUUAAGAGACACCCAGCAGCUGGCUAAUGGGCCGCGGAAGACCCCACCAGAGGAUACCGUUACUGCUACAGUUAUCAACCUUUCCUCCUCUUCAUCUUCGUUCCCCUCCUCCUCCUCGCACUCCUCCUCUACCUCAGCUGUGCAGAACCAGAAUGCUGUCAUGUUGGAUAACCAUCCUCAACUCCUGCCUGGGCAGAUGCCCAGGCUUCCUGCUCCUCGACCGACAGCACACCUUUCCAGGCCUCCUCGGCCAAACGAGGCUCUGGAUUUCACUACGGGCCUAACACCUCCACCUCUUGGCUUGGAUCCUCCAACCCAGCCUCUGUCUGCUCUGUUACACCUUCUCAGUGUACAGAAUGCACAGGCUACAGCCUCAGCAUCUAGCUCUGCAUCAGCUCAGUCAGGAUCCGUGUCUGUUGAAGGAGGUGGACACACUAAGAAACAGAGCCCCAGGCUGUCACCCUCUUCUCCUGCCCUUCAUUCUAAUGUCAGGCACCCACAGACUCGGUCACCAUGCCGAACAGAUAACACUAAUCCUCUACCCUUGGUGCCGCAGCAACUUUCUCCUCCACCAACCUCCUCUCACUUCACGUCAUCACAGUCUCAGUCUCGUCCUCAGUCUCGUAAAUCAAGUCCUCUGAAAAGAGAUUCUCCUUGUACAGUGCUUCCCAACUCAAAUUUAGCUUUCCACAAUAGCAGCAGCCCAUCUCAGCAGACGUCCCCAUCUCCUUUUGACAAACAUCAACCAACUGAUAAUCACAUUCCUACAACAGACUCUGUUUCCCAGGCAUCUUUACAAGCCUCACCACAAUGCACUGUGGCAACAGAGAUUGGUACCAGCGUAUCUGCAUCAAUGGACCUGAGUCAUUCUCAAGGCAGUGUUUCUAUAGGGAUAUCCACUUCCCCAAAGCCUCUCGAUCUUAGCAACCAUGUCCUGGCCCUUCUUGCAGCAUCCUCCACUGUGCCCCAGGGGGAGGGCAACUCCUCUAACCAUACCACUGAUGUUGAGAUGUCUUCCCCAGGAAAUCAUACUGCAGGACCAGAGGAACCUGGAUAUGUGGACCAAAAGGCAUCCGCAUUAAACAAACCCCCAGCAGCCACCAGUCCUGGACUCACGAUCUCCUCUCGCCAAGGAGAGGAUCACAGUCCCCAUACCCCUUCAACUGUGGACUCAACCGCUCCCUUACCUCUGGCAGAAGCCUUCCCCUUCAUGAACCAAGAGCAGCUGCUUCAGCUGCUGUCAUCCACAGGAGGCCUGCCAUCUCUCCUGGACCCCACAGUCCUGGCUUCAUUGCCCCUAGGAGGACUGUGGUUGGGAGGGCAACAUGCCCAGAUACCACCUGCUAAUGUUACACCACAACCACCACAGAAUCUUGCAGAGCAGCAGCAGUCAGAGCAGCAGCAGUUACUGAUACAACAACAAGACACGCAGCAGCAAAACCAAGAUCAACAACAGAAGCAACAGCAGAUUACCAACAGUCCUCUGUUUCCCUUGUUGCCCUUGUUGAGUGGUACACAAGGGGAGCUGCCACUGAACCUUUUGGGUUUGCUAAACCCGCUCCCAGCCCCAGCCUCUUCUGCAGGACAAGAAGCCGAUUUAACAGAAAAACCUAGCCUUCAGGCUCUUCUUAUGGCGUCCUUGUUACUCGGGCAACAGCAGGCCUCUUUGUUACCUCUGUCUGCACUGGGUCAGUUGAGCCAGGUCAGCUUGGAAGUUCCUAUCCAGCAGUCUCAGCAGAUCCCUGCCACAUUGGAGGGCCUCACUCUGGAUAAGACCUCUGGUCUCCUGGAUCCAUCCACCCUGACAGGGCCGGGCCUCCUGGAAGUCACCCAGGGCCUUCUUCCCAUUCCUGCAGGAGCUGAGGGCUCUAUCCAGGCCCUACAGUCUCUGCUUCUCCCUGCCACUCUUCCUCCUCACCCUGCAGCCUUCCUGCCCCUCAGCCCUGCCUUGCUCACUGCUGCCCUGAGCGCUGCUGAGCUCCACCCUCCUCCCAACACCCAGUUAGCUCCUGCACAGCAAACCCAACAUGCCCAACCUCAGGUACCUACUGAUGCUGGUGUUGACACCCUGAUCCCUGUAUCUCUCCAAGGCAAGGACAACCCCAUCCUCCAACAGUUACUGCCCACUUUGCUUAACCCUGCUAUCUUAGGAGAUCUUCCUGGCAUCACAAGCCUCCACAACAUGCUGGGGAUUGGAGCUGGUUCCAUUCUCCUACCCCCAGUCCAGGCCUCUGCUUUGGGAAUGCCACUGCUGCAGGGCCCUGAUGGAGCCAUCAACCUGCUCAACAACAUUCAGCUAAACCUUGCACCGGCCACAGAAGGAGAGAAGCCAGUCUCAUUGCAGGAAACCCAAAGCCCUGCCCCACAGGAAGACAUACCAGCCAGUCAAAUCACUCCUGAAGUGGUCCCAAGUCCCGUUCCAGCUCUCGCUCCAGCUCCUGCCCAAGUAUCCCCCCCACCCACUCAACGAGGAUCUGAGGGCAGGUCUGUUAUUGAUCCUUACACCUCUUUCAUGGACACGAUUUAUACCUCCUUCCUUCAAGUCAGUGCUAAAGAGCAGGAAGACGGGGCCCACUUGGGGCCAUCUGACCCCACUUCACCCUUCUGUGCCUUACCGCCGGUUUCUUUCCCUGUGGAGCACCAUACCCCGUCCACCACUGUCCCAACUCUACCGCAGGCAAGUGCCCCAGUCUCCCUCAGCCCACGUCGCGCUUGUUCCCUCCGCAACCCGGACUUAUCCCGACUCAACCUGGAAGCAGCAGCUCAUUCCCCAGCCCAGGGGACCCCCAAACCCACUGAGGAUGGCUCUACGUCACCCUUGCAAAGGAAAACAGUCAUGGUAGAGGGACAUACUCACCCAGAGCCUCCUCUGCCACCCAUAUACUUGGAGGAGGCAAAGACAGACUGUACGGGGCCUGCUGCAGCUGUGUGCCCCUAUGUAGAGGCAGAGGUGGAUAGGCAGGGGCAUCUUCCCCAUGCAGGGUACCUCAGUCCUAGGGAUGGAUGCAGUGGGAGGCCCAGUGAGGAAACGGCCGGGACAUUGCUGCACAACGAACAGGGAAUGGAUCAAGCAGAAGCUGCGGGUGGAGCCAGAAGAGGAAGGAAAAGGAAACAAACGCUACAGAAUGUGUUAGAAGACUUCAGAGACAUGGAUGCAACAGCACUAGAGGAAACCAAGGCUACAACAGCACUGCUGAAGCCUGAGAGGUCAGUGCGCGGCAGACGGAGACGAGGCGCCAGGUCUCAAAGGCAGUGAUUGGUGGAGGGUGCUGUCAGUCAGAGCUGUUCACCAUUGAAAGGCGGCCCGAUGCUUUUCUAUACCCCUCCAUCUCUCCACCCUCAUCACUACUGUUUAGACCUUUUUUUUUUUUUUUUUUUUAAAUUACAAAAAAAAAAAUCAACUGCACUAAUACGAUGCUGUUGUCAUGUCAACCAUUGUGGCAACCACUAUAAAAAUACACAUAGGAGAAAGAUCUAGUCUGAUGAAUUUAUUUUUGAAAAGUGUAAAAAAAAAAAAAAAAAAAACAUUUGAAGAGAGAUUUUGUGGAUACUUUUUCACUUAGGUUUUCUUGUAGGUCUUAGGUCACAAAAUAAUGGUUGCUUGACAUUGUGAUCAAAGAUCUGUCAGUUAGGUUGGUGUUAGAAUUAUAUCAAUGAGAAAACAUAAAACAAAAAAAGAAUACUGUUUUCUUCUCAUCAGUGUGUUACUGUGAGUCAGGAUAAAGCCCAUCUACUUGAACGAUGCUCUCUGUUGAAAGUGUGUCUGUACACGUUUGGGUGAGUGUGUCCUUUUUUGUGUGUUUUUUUUGAGUGUGUGUUGGACAACAGUGCUGUUGCUGAGCCCCUAUUGUCUGACCGUUUGUCGAAUUUAUUUCUGUUUCAGUAAACAAGACCCUGUCUGUUAGUGAGAUUAAGGGCUCUUUUGCGGUUGUGUUUUGGAGACAGCGGUUGUAUUUCAAAGAAACAUUCCUAAGGUUUUCGGAAAGUGCUGAAAGAGAAGGAAAAGACUUGAUUUUUUUUUUUUGGUGUAUAAAAUAACCUUUAUAUGGGACAAGCCAAGGAAGUUAUAUGGUUCACCCUAUCAGGUUUCAGAUCACAUGCAGGAAAAUGAGUUAUUCAUUGGAUGUGAUUCCACAUGUCCUGUGAGAUGUUUUGUUGAAACGUUAGAAAACCUCUUCUGUGCAACUCUCCGAGUCAUGUUUAAACACACCAGGGAUCCCCAACAGAUCGUAGAAAGUAAUCUGAUCAUGUUGAGAUUUUUUGUUAUUUGUUCCACAGCAAACCCGGGACAACUUUUCAGCAUCGUUGUCAUUUUGGAAACCCAUUUUUUACAUUUCACAUGCUGUGUUGUUAUUUGUCUCUGAAGAAUUACGUGCAACUCCGGUGCAAUGGAGCUUAUUUAAAAUAUCAUCCCCCCCAACUUAGAACCCUCCAGCUACAAGGUCACGGUGUAGAAACGGAGAUAACGUUUUGCAAUGGAGUGUUUGCAGGAACCCUGAGUUUGCAGAAAGGUGCUGUUUGUCCUUUAAUCGGUUGAAUGGAUGGAUGGAAAUACUUAAACGCAGAGAGCGAUGUCUUACGUGGAUCUGUUGAGUCCGUGUGUUACUGUGGAUUUGGAGUGAUAUCCUUCCUCUGUCUCCUCAUAUCACUGUUUGAGCUCUCCUCCACACACUGCCCUGUCUCCCCCCCCACCACCAAGAGUACUGGCAUCUCUUAGCUGUAUUUAAAAUUUAAAAAAAAGAAAAAAAAAAAGAAUAAAGAAAAGUGAAAAAGAAAGCAGAUUAUGCAAUUUCUACACUUGGAGAUUUGUACAUAUGUACAGUUAAUGUGUUUUAUUUUGAUUUUAUAUUGUUAGAGAAAGACGAGAGAAAACAAUGAAUUGUGAAUUUUUCUGGGAAUUGUAAUUAAGUAUUUUUCUCAUUCUACCCCUUGCUUUCAAUACUUAUGUUUAAAAAGACGAUUAAAUUGUGGACUGUAGCUUUCUUUUUUAUAUGGGAGUCAUUUUUUAUUUAAUAUUAAACUAUUUACAGAAAAUGUA